UUUACCUGAAAAAGAAGAAACUGUAAGAUCAUCUCUCUCUCUCUCUCUCUCUUUCAUCUGCAGAGAUUGCAAUCUGAGGCAUCAUUCAUCACUAGGCGAUGGUGCUCUGGAGAAAGAAGAAAGAGAAGUGCAAGGCGAAGAAGUGCUUCCUCAAGAAUGGGAGCGUGUUUCUUCAGGAACUCAUUGCUGACUGCAACGGCAUUUCAAACCCUAUUCGAAUGUUCUCUUCCGAUCAAAUCUUCGGGGCCACGAGUCGCUUCGAUCGCAAGUGUUGUCUCGAUGAAAAUAUGGAUACAAAAUUCACCUGGUACAAGGGCGACAUCGAAGGCAGGCCUUACGGGAUCAAAAGACAUACAGAGCAAUGGUAUGUAGAAGAAGAUCAGCCAGCUUACAACGACAUUGUGUUAUCUGCUCGGGUAAGUAAUCACAAUGGUUUCCUCAAACUCAUGGGUUCUUGUCUCGAAUUUCCUUUUCCUGUGUUGGUGUUUGAAGACCUAGACUAUAGAGUUCUGAACGUUGGAGGAAGUCUUGGCUGCGAGGACGCGCCGUUGUUGUUGCCGUGGAACGCACGUCUAAAGAUUGCGAAGGAGGUUGCGACUGCUAUAACUUAUCUUCAUACAGCUUUCCCUAGAAUCAUUAUACAUAGAGAAAUAAAUCCAACAAAUGUUUUCUUGGAUAAGAAUGGGAUGGCUAAGCUCACUCUUGAGAUGAUGCUUGUUGAAACUGUUUAUCAGUCACUGGUAGAUAGGUUUACUUUUAGUGUAUCUGAUGGCUAUCCAGUAGGUAUUCUUGAAUAUGUGAAAGGCUUAUACGAGGUUGAGAAUCUCAGUGAAGUGCUAAUUGAUCCUAUGAUGAUGAAAGAUAUUACAAGUGCUCAGAGAUUGGAGGUGGAAGCUAGUGUUUUACUUGCACUGAGAUGCUGCGAGGAGAGGUAUGAAGACAGACCGAAGCUGAUCCAGGUAGCUAAAGAACUCAAGCGGGUUGAGACCUCAAGUUUAAGAGAUCCUCUGUUCUGAUAUAGCCUCUACACAACUUUUGUUACAUUUUUUAGCAUGGACUAUACAUAGCUGGAGAGGCUAAGAGUGCCAUUGUCUUGUCUGAUCAGAUGAGCAACUUUAUGAAACUAUUUGAUAUGAAUUAAUAUUUUGAAAGUAUUGUUAGUAAAUUGUAUUAUAUCAAAGUAGAGAAUUUGUU